AUGUUCAGAGUAACACGUGUGCUUUUUUCUCAAGCUAAAAAUGAAGCUUCUGCUCAGGCUACCAAGAUUGUGUCUUCUUGUCCUGCUGGCACACCAUUGAAACUUCAGAUCAAGAAGUCUGGGAAAGAGCCAGUGGCUUUGGAAGAUCACGAAUAUCCAGCAUGGCUCUGGUCUGUUUUAGAUGAGAAAGCACAAGCUGAAAAGCUUGCUGCUGAUCCAAUAAAGUUGAGAAAGAAACAACUAAGAGUUGCCAAUCGCGAAAGAAUCAAGCAAAACAACUUCUUGUCGCAAAUGUGA